AUGUCCUGGCAAGCAUACGUCGACCAAAGCCUCGUUGGCACAGGCAACAUCGACAAGGCCCUCAUCUGCGAUGUCAACGGCCAGACUACCUGGGCCUCGUCCCCAGACUUCUCCUUGACCGCUGCUGAAAUGGGUGCCAUUGCCGCCUCUUUCAACGACAAGAGCGAGACCAAGGCCGUUAUUGCAAAUGGUGUCAAGGUCAACGGUGACAAGUACAUGACUAUCGAGUCGACCGAUGAUUCACUCAAGGCAAAGAAGGGCAAAGAAGGCAUCGUUGCUGUCAAAACCACCCAAGCCCUCCUCAUCGCCCAUCACCCCGACUCUGUUCAAACACCCAACGCCUUCAACUCGGUCGUCGAGCUGGCGGAGUACCUCAAGAAGGUCGGCUACUAG